GAGACACCAACAAAUGAAACACAGAUUAACUUAAGCCUACACGGGGCUGGUGACACCUGAAAGAGGACACAAGAAUUUGUAAACGUCGAGAGUGAAUAUGGGUGAGAAGAAGCCAGAACCUUUGGACUUUGUAAAAGAUUUUCAGGAGUACCUCACCCAGCAGACUCACCAUGUGAAUAUGAUUUCUGGAUCAGUUAGUGGAGACAAGGAGGCAGAGACUCUUCAAGGAGCUGGGGCAGAAGGUGAUCAGAAUGGUCUUGAUCAUCCUUCAGUUGAAGUUUCCCUGGAUGAAAACUCAGGAAUGUUAGUGGAUGGCUUUGAAAGGACAUUUGAUGGGAAGUUGAAGUGUCGAUACUGCAACUACGCCAGCAAAGGGACAGCCCGGCUCAUCGAGCAUAUCAGAAUCCACACAGGUGAGAAGCCACACAGAUGCCACUUAUGUCCCUUUGCAUCAGCUUAUGAGCGUCACCUGGAAGCCCACAUGAGGUCACAUACUGGUGAAAAGCCCUACAAGUGUGAGUUGUGUUCCUUCCGCUGCAGUGACAGGAGCAACCUCUCUCACCACCGCCGGCGCAAGCAUAAAAUGGUGCCUAUCAAGGGGACCAGGUCUUCCCUCAGCAGCAAGAAAAUAUGGGGGGUUUUGCAGAAGAAGACCAGCAACUUGGGGUACAGCAGAAGAGCAUUAAUUAAUUUGAGUCCACCUUCCAUGGUGGUUCAGAAACCAGACUACCUUAAUGAUUUCACUCAUGAAAUCCCAAACAUCCAGACUGAAGCCUAUGAAAGCAUGACAAAACCAGCCCAGAGCAGUGGGUUGCCAAGAGAUCCACAAGACCUUAUGGUAGAUAAUCCUUUAAACCAGCUCUCUACAUUAGCUGGACAGUUAUCUAGCCUGCCUCCUGAAAACCAAAACCCAGCCUCUCCUGACGUUGUUUCCUGUCAAGAUGAAAAGCCUUUCAUGAUACAGCAGCCUGCUGCUCCUGCAGUGGUUUCAGCUGUGUCAGCAAAUAUUCCUCAAAGUUCCUCUCCAACCAGCCCGGACUCUCGGCCUCCACACAAUCCAAGGAACUAUAGUCCCGUGGCAGGUCCCAGCAGCGACCGCAGCGCCCACACCAGUACUCCCAGCAUCACUAACAGUCAACCAAGCACUCCAGCUCCAACCCUUCCCGUUCAGGACCCUCAGCUUCUGCAUCACUGCCCACACUGUGACAUGUACUUUGCGGACAAUAUCCUGUAUACUAUUCACAUGGGAUGUCAUGGAUUUGAAAAUCCUUUCCAGUGCAACAUAUGUGGGUGUAAGUGUAAAAACAAGUAUGACUUUGCUUGCCAUUUUGCAAGAGGCCAACACAGUCAACAUUGACUGACAACACGCUUUCAUUUAGUUUUUUAACAUAUGACAGUAUAUUUUUCAUACUUGCUGAAGGAAAGCUUGCACAUUCCCAUAAGGAAUUUUGACAUUAAUUGAUUUGACAAGGGAGGCAAAUUUAUUUCUAAGUUGCCAUUAAACUUGCCAGGGAAAUUUUGUAUAAGAUGUGGUUGUUAUUUUAUAUGUAGCCUUUCAAAAAAGCUGCGAGUGCUGUAAGGACUAGAAUGCAUUUACAUGCUUUGUUUGCUAAAUCUAAGUUGCUUACACUUAAUUCCAAUAAAAGUUCUACAAAUG